AUGGCGGUUGUUGUUGUGUGGACACAUGCGAGCCGAGCCAGCACGCCGGAACCGAGCCGGAACCGAGCCGGAACCGAGCUUGGAACCGAGCCGGAACCGAGCCGGAACCGAGCCGGAACCGAGCCUGGAACCGAGCCGGAACCGAGCCGGAAGCGAGCCGGAACCGAGCCGGAACCGAGCCGGAACCGAGCUGGAACCGAGCCUGGAACCGAGCCGGAACCGAGCCGGAACCGAGCCGGAACCGAGCCGGAACCGAGCCGGAACCGAGCCGGAACCGAGCCGGAACCGAGCCGGAACCGAGCCGGAACCGAGCCGGAACCGAGCCGGAACCGAGCUGGAACCGAGCCGGAACCGAGCCGGAACCGAGCCGGAACCGAGCCGGAACUGAGCUUGGAACCGAGCCGGAACCGAGCCGGAACCGAGCUGGAACCGGGCUGGAACCGAGCUGGAACCGGGCUGGAACCGGGCUGGAACCUAGCUGGAACCGAGCUGGAACCAGGCCGGAACCGAGCCGGAACCGAGCCGGAACCGAGCCGGAACCGAGCCGGAACCGAGCCGGAACCGAGCCGGAACCGAGCCGGAACCGAGCCGGAACCGAGCCGGAACCGAGCCGGAACCGAGCCUGGAACCGAGCCGGAACCGAGCCGGAACCGAGCCGGAACCGAGCCGGAACCGAGCCGGAACCGAGCCGGAACCGAGCCGGAACCGAGCCGGAACCCGAGCCGGAACCGAGCCGGAACCGAGCCGGAACCGAGCCGGAACCGAGCCGGAACCGAGCCGGAACCGAGCCGGAACCGAGCCGGAACCGAGCCGGAACCGAGCCGGAACCGAGCCGGAACCGGGCCGGAACCGGGCCGGAACCGGGCCGGAACCGGGCCGGAACCGGGCCGGAACCGGGCCGGAACCGGGCCGGAACCGGGCCGGAACCGGGCCGGAACCGGGCCGGAACCGGGCCGGAACCGGGCCGGAACCGGGCCGGAACCGGGCCGGAACCGGGCCGGAACCGGGCCGGAACCGGGCCGGAACCGGGCCGGAACCGGGCCGGAACCGGGCCGGAACCGGGCCGGAACCGGGCCGGAACCGGGCCGGAACCGGGCCGGAAACCGGGCCGGAACCGGGCCGGAACCGGCGACCGGGAACCGGGGCCGGAACCGGGCCGGAACCGGGCCGAACCGGGCCGGAACCGGGCCGGACCGGGCCGGAACCGGGCCGGAACCGGGCCGGAACCGGGCCGGAACCGGGCCGGAACCGGGCCGGAACCGGGCCGGAACCGGGCCGGAACCGGGCCGGAACCCGGGCCGGAACCGGGCCGGAACCGGGCCGGAACCGGGCCGGAACCGGUCCGGAACCGGCCGAACCGGCCGGAACCGGGCCGGAACCGGGCCGGAACCGGGCCGGAACCGGGCCGGAACCGGGCCGGAACCGGGCCGAACCGGGCCUGAACCGGGCCGGAACCGGGCCGGAACCGGGCCGGAACCGGGCCGGAACCGGGCCGAACCGUGCCGGAACCGGGCCGGAACCGGGCCGGACGGGCCGGAACCGGGCCGGAACCGGGCCGGAACCGGGCCGGAACCGGGCCGGAACCGGGCCGGAACCGGGCCGGAACCGGGCCGGAACCGGGCCGGAACCGGGCCGGAACCGGGCCGGAACCGGGCCGGAACCGGGCCGGAACCGGGCCGGAACCGGGCCGGAACCGGGCCGGAACCGGGCCGGAACCGGGCCGGAACCGGGCCGGAACCGGGCCGGAACCGGGCCGGAACCGGGCCGGAACCGGGCCGGAACCGGGCCGGAACCGGGCCGGAACCGGGCCGGAACCGGGCCGGAACCGGGCCGGAACCGGGCCGGAACCGGGCCGGAACCGGGCCGGAACCGGGCCGGAACCGGGCCGGAACCGGGCCGGAACCGGGCCGGAACCGGGCCGGAACCGGGCCGGAACCGGGCCGGAACCGGGCCGGAACCGGGCCGGAACCGGGCCGGAACCGGGCCGGAACCGGGCCGGAACCGGGCCGGAACCGGGCCGGAACCGGGCCGGGCGAACCGGGCCGGAACCGGGCCGGAACCGGGCCGGAACCGGGCCGGAACCGGGCCGGAACCGGGCCGGAACCGGGCCGGAACCGGGCCGGAACCGGGCCGGAACCGGGCCGGAACCGGGCCGGAACCGGGCCGGAACCGGGCCGGAACCGAGCCGGAACCGAGCCUGGAACCUAG